UACGUCAUGACGUGAUGACGUCAUGAGAGACGCGACCUGACGCCGGCGACAUGGAAGAGCAGGUCACGUGCUCCUCCGGCGUCCUGCUGCUGGAGGCCUUCUACGGGGGUUCUCACCGCCAGCUGACGGACCUGCUGAGCGCCCAGCUGGACUCCUGUUGCGUCUUCACGCUGCCCGCCAAGAAGUGGCACUGGAGGGCCCGGACCUCGGCGCUCUACUUCAGCCAGAGUGUCCCGCCCUGCCCCGCCUACAGGGUCCUGUUCUGCAGUUCGGUUCUGAACCUGUGCGAGCUGGUGGCUCUGAGGCCUGACCUGGCCCGCCUCAAAAAGGUUCUGUACUUCCACGAGAACCAGCUGGCGUAUCCGGUCCGCAAAGACCAGGACCGGGACUUCCAGUACGGCUACAACCAGGUUCUGUCAUGCCUGGUGGCGGACGUGGUGGUCUUCAACUCCGCCUACAACAUGGACUCCUUCCUGUCCGCCAUCCCCUCCUUCCUCAGGAAGAUGCCGGACCACCGGCCCAAAGGUUUGGCCCAGCUGAUCCGGCCCAAAUGCCAGGUGCUUCACUUCCCGCUCCACUUGGCCGACGUCAGCGGGCUGCUGCCCAGACACAAAGUCCUACGUGGAUCCCCCCUGCUGCCUCACGCCCAUGACACGGUCGCAGCACACACCUCAGAGAGGGCUGCGCCACCUCCUCAGCAGUCUGGUCCGGAGAGCCUAGAAGGUUCUCCUGUUGGGCCGCUGCACAUCGUCUGGCCUCACAGGUGGGAGCAUGACAAGAAUCCUGAGAUGUUCUUCAGCACCAUGUUGAAGCUGAAAGAAGAAGGUCUCCACUUCCUGUUGUCUGUGCUGGGAGAAACAUUCACUGAUGUGCCAGAGGUCUUUGUCCAGUCCAGAGCUGUGCUGGAGCCACACAUCGUCCACUGGGGCUUCCUGUCCUCCAAAGAAGACUACAUCAGGGUCCUGUGCCAGGCUGACGUGGUGGUCUCCACCGCCGCCCACGAGUUCUUUGGCGUCGCCAUGUUGGAGGCGGUCCACUGCGGGUGUUACCCUCUGUGUCCCAACGCUUUGGUCUACCCCGAACUAUUCCCAGCAGAGUACCUGUACUCCACGCCCCAGCAGCUUCACAAGAGACUGCGAGCGCUCUGCAAGAAGCCCCAAGUGGCGCGCGCACACCUGGUGCAGGUGGACACCUGCUCCUUCUCCUGGGACUUCCUCAAGGAGCGUUUCCAAAGUCUGUUGACCCCGUGACCUUGUCUUCCACCUGGUCUGGAUGAAGCCGAGGAAUGAUCUCUGGGAUCCUCCAUCCUACCGCCCUCUACCACCAGGAGGCCGGAUUACUGCAAGCCUCAGCCAGUACGUGUUUUGCAGCAGAUUUAUGAAUGCUCAGCACAAGAAAUAUGUUCCACACAUACAGUUGUUGACAAAAUACACUGUACAUUAUAUACCUCAGCUAACUCAACUAUGGAAAUGUAUAAUAUAAUUCAUAUAGCAAUACGCUCUCACUGCACAGCAGGCCAGCAGUUAGCCCAGUCAUUGCGCAAUCCAUGGUGAGGCACUGAGUGACGUGCCUCAACUGGCUGCUGAUCACCGCACCGUCUCUUCUCAGUAUUUGAACGGAAAAUGUGAAAAUAAAAAUAAAAAUAAUCUAAAACUGGUGAAAUUAAAUGGAAAAUAACUUUAGUAUAAUCACUGAAUACAUAUAACAAUUUAAUUAAUUAUUUUUUCUUUUUACUUUUUUUUUUCUUUCCAUGAUGGCAGGUGAGGCCCCGCCUCCCCUGCCUCUAGUGACGGCACGCCACUGGUAUAUAUAUACACAUAUGCAUAUAUAUAUAUAUGUGUGUGUAUAUAUACACAUGUAUAUAUAUAUACAGUACAUACACACACAUAUAUAUAU